GUCACACAUGAUGGCCCACAGCCCAUAUCUCAUCGGUCGACCGCCGGGAGAGGAACAUCCCCAUACGGCAAAGCCAUCCUCCCAUGGCUGCUCUCUCGUUCGGCCCUCCUCUUCGCGGAGUCCACAGCAGUCGCCUCCACCCCAUCAAGCCCACCCCCAGGGUGGUGAAGCAGUCUCCGCCAUGCCGAAGCCAGCUGUCGGCGGGGCCUGCCGGGGGCGGGGGAGAGAAUGAGAAGGAGAAGCGGAGAAGCAAGGAGGGGAAGUCAUGGAGGGGGCUGUUGGUGGAGAUGUACGGUGAGGCUGGCAAGCUGGGGACGGGACUGAUGGAGGGCUUGUCACCCAAGCAGAAGGGGGAUUGGAAGGACGUACUGCUCAUGAGCUUCUCUUUUGCCGUGUACGUCUACAUCUCCCAGAAGAUUGUGUGUGCUUAUUGUGCAUGGAUGUCCAUGAUCAAUCACCCUUGACAUCUGUGUAGUUUCUUUUGCUUUUUGUGUACAUACAUAUUGUGUAUGUACAUAUAUAUGUUGCAGGAGCUUUCCUUACAAUAAAUAAGAUUGACUGGCAGUGAAUACUUUUUGUUUA